AGAUCGAAUUCAAAUUCAACGAAGAGAAUCUCAAGAAGGCCAAGGUCAUAAUAUCGCGCUACCCACCUCAAUACAAGAAAGCCGCCGUCAUUCCUCUGCUGGACUUGGGACAGAGGCAGAACAAGGGAUGGACCAGUAUCAGUGUGAUGAACUAUGUUGCAAAGACGCUGGAAAUGCCGCCUAUGCGAGUCUACGAGGUCGCCACGUUCUACACCAUGUUCAAUCGUGAGCCGAUAGGCACCCACUUCGUCCAAGUGUGCACCACCACUCCGUGCAUGCUCAUGGGUUCUACUGAGAUUCUCAACACGACUUGCGCCCAUCUUGGUGGCAUCAAGCCUGGCGAAACGACGAAAGACGGCAAAUUCACUGUCAUCGAGGUGGAAUGCCAGGGCGCCUGCAGCAAUGCCCCCAUGCUCGUCGUGGGCGACGACUUCUAUGAGGAUCUGACUCCGGAGACGACCAAAAAGAUCCUGGAUGCGUUUGCGAAGGGCGAGAAGCCAAAGCCUGGACCGCAAAGUGGCCGUCAGACCAGCGAGAACUCGGCCGGAUUGACCGCGCUUACUAGCAAACCCUACGGACCUGGUGAACACUGCCAGCCAGAGUUUCGAUAAUCAGCAUUAGAAUGAGUUCACAAUACAAUGUAUCGUGCAUGUCCCAG